CGAGGCUGGAGCAGUGACCGGCGCCGCCAGCCUUGUCCUGAGCUCAAAGCGAACCCCGGGGCUGGCUGAAGACGUGAUGUCUGCUUCGCCCCAGGUCGGUGCAGCAAUGUGCCAGCCUCUGGCAGGCCGGGCUGUCCGGUGGCUCCUUGCAGUGGCUGCAGGUUCAGGCGUCGCUACCCUCGUCCUCAUCCUUGUUCAAGUGAAGGACGUUCCUCUGCCGCCAAGAACCAAGUACGGGCUGGUGUUGGACGCCGGCUCCUCGCACACGACUCUCUACGUCUACCAGUGGCCGGCCGGCAAGGAGAACGGCACCGGCAUCGUCAGCCAGGCCGCGGCCUGCACCGUACCAGGCCCCGGGAUCUCCAGUUACGCUGACGACCCUACUGGGGCUGGGGCCAGCCUGAGGGCCUGUCUGGACACAGCCAUGACGCUCAUCCCCGCCAAGCAACAGCGAGAAACGCCCGCCUACCUUGGUGCCACCGCGGGCAUGCGGCUGCUGAGGGAGCAGAACAGCACGAAGGCCGACCUGGUCUUUGCCGAGGUCUCCAGGACCAUCCGGCAGUACCCGGUGGCUUUCCAGGGUGCUCAGAUCCUCACUGGGAACGAGGAAGGGUCCUUUGGCUGGAUCACGAUCAACUACCUGCUGGAGACACUCGGCAAGUUCUCCUUCACAGGCGUGUGGACACACCCAGGGCAGCCCUUGAGUGGCACGUGGUGUCCGAGGCCGCGCCUCCUAGUGCAAGAGUCACAGACGCUGGGGUUCAACGGGGUCUACCAGCCGCCGGCGCACGGGCAGUUCUUUGCCUUUUCUGGAUUUUAUUCCGUCUUCCACUUUCUGAACCUGACCAGCGGGCAGCCCCUGAGUGACGUCCAAGCCACCGUCGAGCGCUUCUGUGCCAAGGAGUGGAGGGAGGUGCAGGCGAUGCGUCCUGCACUGAACAAGACCCGCCUGCAGGACUACUGCGGUGCCAGCACCUACAUCCUCACCCUCCUGCUGCAAGGCUACAAGUUCUCCAACCAGACCUGGAGCAACAUCCAGUUCCGCCAGCAGGUGGCUGCUGUGGACGUGGGCUGGAGCCUGGGCUACAUGCUGAACCUCACGAACGCCGUCCCCACGGAGGCUCCCGAGCGGGUGAAGGGGCAGCGGCCGGGUUCUCCCAGCCUGCCUGACGCUGGCCCUGCUCCUCUGGUCCAGCCUGGCUCUGUGCUACCAGAGGCGCUUUGCCACUUACGAGACGAUGCUGUAGCCUUGGGCCAGGGCCCUGCUGUCGGACGGAGCCAGGCGGCCUCCUCUGGCCAUCGAGCAGGCCCUGGGGCCGUGCCGUGGGCAGCCCGGUGGCCCCGCGAGCUGCUGGGCCGGGGCUGGGAAUGGCAGGUUUGA